AAGGAAAUGCACAUAUAUAUUAAGAAAUUAUUUAACUUUGAUUGUGUUUUCUGAUUAUGUAAGGAAAUCGCAAUGGCAUCUUCUGAUUAUCCUCUCUUGAUGAUGAAGCUCGUUAUCUUCAUCUUUUUGUCUACUUUUAUAAUUGUCACUAACGUGGUGAGCUCGGAAACUCAUUGCCGGGGAUUCAAAUCCAUCAUAAGUUUCGGAGAUUCGAUAGCCGACACUGGAAACUUGCUCGGCCUUUCAAAUCCUAACGAGCUUCCUCACGUGGCGUCUCCACCCUAUGGAGAGACCUUCUUCCACCAUCCCACCGGUCGUUUCUCAAACGGUCGCCUCAUCAUAGACUUCAUCGCUGAAUUCUUGGGUUUACCGCUUGUGCCUCCUUUUUAUGGAUCUCAAAAUGCAAACUUUGAGAAGGGUGUUAACUUCGCGGUAGGCGGAGCAACAGCACUGGAAACUUCCUUUCUUGAAAAGAGAGGAAUUCACUUUCCUCACACCAAUGUCAGUUUAGGAGUUCAGCUUAGUAGCUUCAAAGAGAGUUUGCCUAACUUAUGUGGCUCUCCUUCAGACUGCAGGGAUAUGUUAGAAAACGCUUUGAUUCUCAUGGGAGAAAUUGGAGGCAAUGACUAUAACUACGGCUUCUUCGCUGGCAAAAGCAUUGAAGAGAUCAAGGAGUUAAUGCCCUUGGUUAUCACUACUAUCUCUUCUGCUAUCACGGAGUUGAUCAGUAUGGGGGGAAGAACAUUUCUGGUGCCUGGAGAUUUCCCAAUUGGAUGCGCUGCAGUGUAUUUGACAUUAUAUCAAACAUCAAACAUGGAAGAGUAUGAUCCUUUGACAGGAUGUUUGACAUGGCUGAACAAGUUUGGAGAAACCCACGGCCAGCAGCUUCAAACAGAACUCAACAGACUCCAGAAGUUGUACCCUCAUGUCAACAUCAUAUACGCAGACUACUACAACGCACUGUUGCGCGUUUACCAAGAACCAGCCAAAUUCGGUUUCAUGAAUAGACCCUUGUCCGCUUGCUGCGGCCUAGGAGGACCUUACAACUAUACCUCAAUUACUCAAUGUGGGACUGAUGUAGUUGAAGGUUGUAGUGAUCCUUCAAAGUAUGUGGCUUGGGAUGGAGUUCAUAUGACCGAGGCUGCGUACAGAUUGAUAGCUGAGGGUAUACUAACAGGACCAUAUGCGGUUCCUCCUUUCGAUUGGUCUUGCCACAGCUUGGAAAUUAAGGACUAUGGAUCAUCUGACACAAAGAAUCAUUUGAUGAACAACUAAUAUAAGUUGGUCAAAAAUUGCAAAAAUUUGAGAGGAUGAUACUUGAUAAUGUCUUUUAGUGCUUCUGCUGAGUCCAAAAGUAGAUUUUAGUAAACCUCAUAUUAAUAAUGGUAAAUUUAAAUUAUAUCUC